AUGGACACACUAGGAAUCCGUAUAUGUAUUAUAAAUAAUUAGGCACGCCUAAAAAAAGGGCUUCAAUGCAGCAAUUGCCAAUUGAAGACUAAUUUAUCGGCAUCCGUACGCCACGCCACACGAGAACUAAUACUCUUACGCCACACGAGAGCUCAUGCCACCAGCCGGCGACGAUAAUCCAGGCGGCGGGUCCGCGCGCGGGCCGCCCGCAUUCUUCCGCGAGUGGAAGCGCAUGCACCGCGAGGCGACGCGCGACGGCGGCGACGACGUCGACGACGCUUACGACGAGGGCGCGGCGAUGUUCGCCCACCAGGUAGCUACACGAUCGACGUCGCUGGGCGACCCCACGAUCGAGCGCCCAAGGGGACCGGCGGUUGUCGCGUGAUUUCGGCCAAGGACGUGCGGCUCUCGAACGUCGUCGACCGGACGGGCAUCGUGUCGCGAACCGUCGCGGAGGGCAUUGUGCCGGUGCGGCGGAGGCUCGCGUUCCGGGAUCUGUCGAUCGUCGACGUCGGGCGGCUGGGCAACGAGGUGCCGUUCCUGCGGCCGGCGGACGGCGCGAUUUCGAUAGCGAUGGACCGUAGAGUGUCGGACGGCGCGGUCGUGUUGACGAGCUUCGACGUCCACAUACCGCAGCGCGGCGCGGGCGUCUUCCACCUGGCCCUCGCGAGUCUGCCCGUGUCGACGAUCGUGUCCCUGAAGCUUCGCGUCGGCGACCAGUCCCCGCUACGAUGA